AAAAUUUACAUUUCUUGACAAUUACACAUUUUCGCUUUGUGUGGCAGUCACAAAAAAGAUCAUCGCAAUUAAAUUGAGAGAACUUAACUAAAUCGCAAAUUAACUAAAUCCACUUUGAACAAUUUUUGUAGUGUUGCAUUUAAUGACGAGUCGCGAGAGCCUUAUCGAUUGAGCAUUUGGACAGCUUUAUCGAUUGACCCUAACUGUACUUUUUCUGAUAAAAAAAAAAGAAAACUAUUGACUAUUGGUUUGUGACUAUCUAUAAUCGAGAAAUUGCGCGCUUAUUUUUCUUAAGCGAAUUCCGUUAUCACAAUAAUUGGUAACUGGUUAUUGGUAAUUGGAAUAAAUUGUUAAACAUGAACGUGGAAGUGGCCGAAUCUCCGAUAGUGGCAGACAUCAAAUAUGAAGAUGUGUCCCAGUUAAAUUUCUCCAAACUGUACUCGCCGAAAAUGAAGAGCGUCUAUUGGCGCUAUUUUGGUUUCCCCUCGAACGACAACGAUGAGGUGAUCACGAAGCAAAAUGUUGUGUGCAUUAAAUGCCACAAGGUAUUGACGAACCAUGGCAAUACGACCAACUUGCGCGCCCAUUUGCAGCAUAGGCAUAAGGAUCUAUUCAAGGCCCUAUGCCAGGAGAACGACAUCCAUGUGCCGCCACGCAAGACGCCGCGUAAUGUCCAGCAUCCACCGCUGACUAAGCGAAAUGUGAGCUCACGGCGGGUUAAGCUGGAGCAGCUUAACAGCCGCAAUUAUGAAAAUGCCAGUGAUGAGGAUAUUGAUGAGGCAGCCAUGGCCGCAGCGGCAAUGCAAGCUGAAGAAGAUGGCAGUUCGGGUCAGGCGAUGUUGUACGAGACCCUAGUCCCAAUGACCUAUGACGACGGCGAGGCUGAUGCCGAUCAAUUGGUGGAGGAGGAAGACGAAAGGCGAUCGAUUGCCUAUGAGCCCAGAGAGAUUAAGUAUUCUUCUUCUGUGCGUAAACGUAAGGGUCCAGCUCCAGCUGCGGCCAUGCACUAUGCGCGUCCCAUAAAGAACGAAACUAGCGGAGGAAGCAGCAACAGUACCGGCGGUGGAGGCUAUCAUACUAUUGCCAAUCUGGCUGAGGCCCUAACUGACAUUGUAAUCAAAGAUCUACGGAAUAUCGAGUCUUUGUAUGAUUUAGGUUUCAGUGAGUUUAUACGCUCGGCCAUGGGAAAUCCAACAAUGGCUUUGCCCGAUCCUCAGAAGAUCGAAUCACAGAUCAGUGAAAUGCACGCUUCAAAAUUCUUGGAAAUUGGCGAUCAUGUACGUGAUUUUAGUACGGAGAAACCCUUCUCAUUGGCAUUCGAAUUGUGGGUGAAUGUGGAACAGCGUCGUUUCCUAAGCAUCUAUCAUCAUUAUCUUAGCGAGGAGGCUCAAGCUGUACGCAGUGCGCUCUAUUGUACCUUGGAGUACAUUGAUUAUUUGGUUUUCGACGAUGUCUUGGCCGAUUUCUAUUUGCCAAAUUGCACUUUGGCCAUUGUCAAUUACGAGGAUGACGAGGAUCUACUCCAUAACUUCCUUAAAGAGAAAAAUAUUCCUAUUGUACUCUGCUAUGUCUCGGUGAUUGACAAGUGUCUGCGACGGGUCUUCGAUUUAGAAGAAGUGUCCUCACUAUUGGAACAGGUCAAGGACAUUAUACAACGUCAUUCAGCAGAAAUCAGCUCAAAGGUAUCCGAAUUGCCUUCGUACAAUGAACAUUUCCCAUGGACACUUUAUGAGAUGUUGAAAUUCUUUGCCGAAUCAAUUUCAUGGUCCGAGGACAUGGACCAAUUGGUAUUGUCGGCGAAGUGCGUCACAGAGGCACUCAGUGCCGUCGUGAUUGCAUUAGAUACAUUGCGCGGCGAAGAUAUACCACUCUGUAGUAUGCUGUCACCAAUCACAUCGAAAAUAUUGAUUAAAAAAUUGGGCAUUGCCGAGCAUGAUGAUCCCCUGAUAAUGAAUAUUAAACGCACAAUUGCCAGUGUCUUGCAAACUCACAUCAUUUCCAAUGACAAUUUAACCAGUGCCGCAUUGCUCGAUCCGCGAUUCCAUCGCUUGACGACCAUUGAUAAUUUGGAUAGACUUGUGCGAUCGCUAACACAGAAAUAUAACAAAACCUUUGGCAGUCUCUCAGGUGUCGGUGGCUCUAGCGAACCAACUGAAGUGGCAGCUACCACAUCGGUAAACACCACGCCCACAGUGUCCAUCAAAGCGGAGCCAAAGAGUGGUGGAGGCUCUGGUGGUAACAUCAGUAAAAAGUCAAAAUUGGAACUUCUAUUUGACAUUGCGGAAAUACCGAAUACACCCAAACGAGAUGCUGAUAGCACUGUGGAAACUGAUUUGAAACGUUAUCGAAAUGAAGUUAUUGUGCAGCUGGACGAAUCCCCCAUUGAAUGGUGGUCCAAAAUGGGUCAUAUCUAUGGAACACUGCGUGAUUUGGCUGCCCUAUAUCAUGGAGUUCCCGGUGUGGUUACACUCAAUUUCAAGAAAACUCUUCGAGACCAGAUUUAUGAUUAUAAUAAGCGGUUUAUGCUAACUGGAAGCCAAAUUGACGCGAUACUAUUCUUGAAUCAUCACAAUAAUUAAUCGUAUGAAACGACCUGCAUUCAUUGGGCAAUAAUUUGUAUAUGUUUUCUUGUAACUUUUAACGCAAUUAUGUUUUAACCUAAGCCACAAUCUUCUUUAAACACCUAAUAUAUAUAUAUUUAUAUAUAUAUAUUACACACAUAUAUAACAUUAAAGUAUAAAUAAACCUAAAUUUUAUCUCAUUAUUGUCUGAAA